GUGACAAACUUUGUGAAGUGUGCUCUCCACUUCGUCAACUUUUUGGAUUAUUCACAAAUAGCCAUUUGACAGACAGACAGAGAAAGAAAUGACUGAGAUCGUGGCUGAACCUGCUCCCACUGAAGUGGAAAAAAGCUCAGAAAAAAUUGAUAUGUCUUUAGAUGACAUUAUUGAACUGAAUAAAAGGGAAACCGACUCUACAACAAAUACGUCCGUGAUGACGAGAGAACUGCAGAAAAGGCAACAGAAUUCCGGUUUUCGUAAGCUGCGAUAUAAUUUUGGAAGAGAAGUGCAGCAAAAUGUACAAGGAUUCAAUAGACUAAGGAGAAAUAUUUCUGAACUGCAAGGGUACAGCAGAGUUAAUCGACGUUGGCUGACACAGGGUAAAAAUAUCACAGCAAGGUCAGGUGGAAGAAGACCUAUUAUCGCAACCAAAGGAGUGAGCCCUUUGAAUCGCAAAGCCAGUUUUCACCUGGAUUCACAACAAAUUGCACCCACUAAGAAAGGAGUUCAAUGGAUCAUGCGGAGAAGAGCACAGCAGGCCCAGAAAGGAUUCAGGCUAAGAAGACAGGGGCCUCAAAUUCCAAAAAGAAGGAAUAUGUUCCAGAAUAGAGGGCCAAGGCAGCAGAGGAAACAAACCCAGAAGCAACAGAGACGAGCUAUAAUCAAAAUUAACAGAGGGUUCCCACCACUGGGUGUAGGAAAUGGGCAGAAGAAACAAAGAACUAGAAUGUGGCGACAGCAAUCCAGUUCCAACUCCAUCUUAACAGUAUCUGUACCUAACCAGCAAGCGGUUCAGAAACGAAGACUCCAACACCCAGCUUUGAAUGGAAGAAGAAGGAUGACAACCAAAGCAGUGAGGAAUCAACCAAAAGGAGUUUAUCUUGGGUUCAACUUUAAGAGUAUAGCCAACCAGACGAAUAUGACCCUGAAUGAUCGUUUCUCAUCCAUGAAGAUUUGUCGGCGUUCUGCAGUAUCAAGAAGAGGAGGCAGAACUGUCACUCUGGGCUGAUGUUUGCUUUAGCUGCUUUGCUUUUGAGCCAAAUAAGCAUAAAGUAUUUGUGGUGUACUGCAGUUUUGAAGAGAAUUGAACAAUAUGCAGGCUGUACCCUCCUGAAGAAAGAGGAACAGGAAAACAAAGACAGUUUUAAAGCUUAAAAAGUACUAUUGUCUGAUAUGAUCAUGUAAACUUAAGUUAUCAAAAAUAAAAAGACUUUCAUUGAUACAA